AUGCCAAAACUUAAGCGUCGUCAAUCGAUUGAGCAAUAUUCAGCUGAUGAUAGUUUCGAUGAUGAAAUUUCAAAUUCAGGAUCGAGUGGUAAGAGUCCGCCGCAGCAGCGCAACGCCGCGAACGCCCGCGAAAGAGCCCGAAUGAGGGUGCUGUCGCGCGCCUUCUGUCGCCUAAAGACGACGCUGCCCUGGGUGCCCGCCGACACCAAGCUGUCCAAGCUGGACACGCUCAGGCUGGCCACCAGCUACAUCGCCCACCUGAGGAACGCCCUCAAGGAGGACAGGGCGCUCGACGGAUUCACGGAAGGGAUCAACAGUACGGCGGACGGGGCGGUGCACCCGAUCACACUGACGUGGCCCUUUUCAUUUCAACCAGGUUCAGGAUCAUUGGCAAAUUCUCAACAAAACUAUUCGGAAAAUCAAAACAUAAAUCAUCGUGAAAAUUGGGAAAUUUUAUCAACAAAUAUGAACCAGACAAAUGGAAUUUCUGGACACCAAAGGGAUUUCUUAGGGAAUAGAAAUAGCGCGAUUGGACACAACAAUAUUAUGUACACGUAGUAAUAUGGAUAAGAUUAUUAAUAUUUAUUAUUUAAACAAUUUGGUAAUUGAAAACAAAGGC